AUGGAUUGCUUCUUCCGCGUGCGCGUGCUGGCCGUCGGAAGCACCGUCUGCAUGGGCGGCACGGCGUUGAUCAUCUGGUCCCUCGUCAGUCAAUCGCGGAGGCCGCACAGCAAAGGCUCCAUUGCCGUGGUCUCCAUCAUCCUGGUGAUGUUCUGCGGCCCGCUGUUCCCUUGGCCCACGGCGCCGCGCCGUUGCUUGGUCUCGGCUCGCCGCGCGCCCCUGCGGUUCCUCCGCGGCGCCGGCUGGCUGCUCUGCCUGCCGUGCCGGUGCGCGCGAGAAAGGCUACUGGCAGAGUCGGAUGCUCGUGCUCCCCCGGGAGCUGCCGGCGCGCAGGGGCGCGCCACCACGGACGACAUCCCGGCCGCGUACAAGCAUCCGGAGGGGCGAGCCAAUGGCCGGAGUGCUCGGUCUGCCUUGACGAGGUGGAGAAAGGGGAGAUGGUGA